GAUGUCGUUAAGGAUAUGAAUUAUUCGGCACAGCAAGUGGUGAGGCAAGUGGUGCCCUUCCCACUCAGCGACGGUGAUGACCUGGCCGCAGAACCAUCGGCAUCUCUGCGUUCGGCUAGCUCACCCACGGCUACAGCAAAUUCGCAAGACAACGCCAAUACGAUUCAGCAAGCGACUCAGGGUGCGGACCUGAUGGAUAUAGGUGCAAAUGAGCCCAAAAUCACGCUUACGGGUGAAAAUAGGACACUUGCGCGUGACACUCCGGGUGGCCCUGUGGGGUUUGUACGAUAUCACUCUUCAUCAUCGACAUCAUCGGCCGUGGCUGCAGGUACACACAGCGAGCUGGCUGGGCAGGUACAUGAACUUAGAGACGCACAAGUACACGCACAAGUACAAGCACAGGCGUACGGGCCUGUGCAGACCUUGGAAGGAUGUAUUCGCGCAGACAUGGGUGAGGGUGUUGGAUCCCCAGAGAGUGGUGCGCCCAUGGGAGGUAUGGACUCAAAGGAUACCUUGGACCAUGCACACGCAUACUCCAACCAGCAGUAUGAACACGCACACAACAACCAGCAGUAUGAACACGCACACAACAUUCAGGAGUAUGAACACGCACACAACAAUCAGGAGUAUGUACACGCGCACAACAACCAGGAAUAUGCACACGCACAAGUGGACGGGAAAGGGAGUGAGAUGGAUGGUGUACACGUGGGCGCUGCAGGACAAGUAAACGAUGGCUCACGUGAGGGUCUAAGCUAUCACGGGGAGGCUGACUCGGGGUACAUACCGGCGAUGAGUCAUGCUCAUCUGCAAGGCCCCGGCGAUGGUUCUGCUGCCAUGGAUACGAGUGUCACUUCGCACAUGGACGUGGAUAUUGAGAAUGAUAGUGAGCGUGCAGACAGUACCCGUCCCGUUGCCUCGGAUACCGGUGGUGGUGGGGAAGAGAGCGUGCCGUACGAGGAAGUGGCCACGACAGCUGCCACACACACUGAUCUACACACAACACCCACACUCGCGCAAGGGGUCACACACAGUGAUGCAGAUACAGAGGCAGAUGUGUAUGCACAACCGAAGUCAGAUGCAAGGCCGUACGCGUCCGAUGACAAUACGCAGAUACACCCACAUACACAGCCUCACAUACACACACACCUGCAUGCACCCACGCAGCCGAACACGCCCGUUAGAGAGACGCUACAGACACGGGCACAGAGUGCCGAAGCAUUACUACAGAGUACCGAACAUGCGCGACGACUAGAAUCGACGGUGAAUGAGUGGAGGACACCGCAGAAGGAGCGCAAAGGGGAACGUACCUACACCCCUGCACCACCGUACACAGGCACACGUGUGCAGAGCCACCCACAGGAACACCCGCAACGAGACACACACACCCCCACACACGCACACGCGCGCACCAGUACAGUGCCGCAUACAGUGACGCAUACACCAGCGCGUGAGGAGGGACAGAUAAGGGGUGAUGCUGGAACGCACAUGCAUACUUCGGGGAAGGCCCUGGUAAGCACGAACGCAGAUAAUUACACAGACACGGACACUAGCCCAUGUUCCAACAUAAACACGCACGUGAAUGCCAAUGCGGAUACAAGCACCAACGUAAGAACGACCAGGAUACAGAGCGACGAUGUAGCCAUGAGCAUGACACCUGAGAAGGGCAUGCGGACGGAUACUGUGCGUAGUGUCGAACAGGCAAGCACACACGUGAGUGGGAGCAUUCGCAGAGCGGAGAGUUUCAGUUGGAGAGACACUUCCAGUGCUAAGAAAAUGGGUGGGGACGCGGGGGUGGGCAACCGUAACCAUGGCAACGGUGCCGGAGGUGAUGUGGUCAUGGAGACGGAUACGCACACGCAGGCCGCAACUGUCACCACACGACACGCACCGUCGACAGCGACAGGACAGAGUCUCAGACUAAACUUAAGCUUGAGUCCACGUAGACUGGAUGGUCUACUGGAGGAUGAGGUUUCCACUAAGUCUUGUGAACAGGUGCAAUCAGAACCAAAGGACAACAAUGGGUUUGAGUCAAAUACAAGUGUAAGUUCACCCAGUAUUUUGGCUCCAGGUGCGGUGAAAUUAGGACACAGAACCGAACCGGCACCAGGCCUGAGCACAUGGCGGUCCACAGCCUCAGUGUACAACAAUUCACCGGCAGCUACACCAAAGCCACCUAGCACCAAGACCGCUACCAGCACAGGCAAAGGCAAGGGGGUGAGUGCUACUGUACCUACACGCACACUGUCUGUGAGUCAGCUGUCUGCGCUCCCGCACACGCAGACAGCCACCCCUGAGCAACUUGACGAACCCGCGCAGCCACCCACGCCGGUAAGGACGUACACACCCACCCAUGGCAAGGGCUUAUCACCUUCGUGUGACCAGAAUACAGGGCUUGUCCGUGAGGAGAGUGUAGUACUUGUGCGUGAGGGUAAUGGUGCAGGCGCUGGCAGGGACAGUGUGGGUGCGACUACAGUUGAGGAGAAGGAGCGCGAUACGCGAGCAUCGCCUGCCGAUCCCGAAUCAAAAGCGGGGGUGGAGAUUGGUAACCAUGGCAACGGCGGGGAGGAGGAGGACGGCAAUCGCAGUCCCCUAUCGAGUAGAGAGUCACUCAGUAGUUUGAAUAGAAGCGGUAUAUUUACAAAUACCUCGGCAGUAUAUGCCUGUACCACUGCAUAUCCACAAAACACUGUACAUUCACCUGCGCGCGGGGUAGAAUCAACACAGUGUUUCUCCCAUUUAGCGCAAUGGUUCAUGGCUGUAAAUAAAGACACGGACAACCUCCAAGGCGACACCUGUCCAGUGCCUACCAACAAGAGCAUCACCGAACAUAUUAGUGAAAUCACCAGCACAGAGCAGAUGAAUAUCCGUGGAAGCGCGAGGGAGUGUGUUAACCCUAAUACUGAUGCACUGGCAAAGGAUGUGCGGAUAGCGGGCCAAAUACCUGCACACACCCGCGCCAGUACCGACACACCCGCGCAAAACGAUACACAAACUCAGUUGCGACAGUUUUCCUCUGCGCAUUACGAACGCUCAUUGUCGUUGAAGGACGAUGAUCAAGUGAGUGUCGAUGACUUGGCCGAGGCAAUAUCCUCUGCACACGUGACCCCUCGAAAGACGCCUGCACGCAAAGGAGUGGGAGCGACCCACACCCCCGUGCGUACGCCUAUGCCAGCCCUCCAUCACUCGGCGAUGAAGGCCAUGCCCCCUCCCGGAACGAUACAAAUCAUAAGCGCCUCUUCCUGUGUGGAUUUGGACUAAGACACGGUACAGUAUUGUUUUUGACCGCUUUCGUCCCGAAGUGGAGGUGGGUGUUAGCAUUCUCUAAUAAAACGUUGAAUAUCCGUGUG